AUGACCGAGCCCAUCGUCUUCUACGACAUCGCGAGCGCGUCGAUCGGCGCGUGGGGCCCGAACACCUGGAAGACGCGGUACACGCUCAACAUCAAGGGCAUCCCGUACAGGAAGAUCGCCGCGCCCUUCGCGGAGACGCUCCCCGACGGCACGCCGAUGUUCAACGACCCGAACACGAAGACGCCGGUGGCGGACUCCGCCGCGAUAACGCGCUACCUCGAGCGGACGUACGACGCUCAUCCCGGCGCGGGUCGACGCCCUCCACGCCGCAUUCAACGCGGCGUUCACGGCGACGAUUGCCGGAACCUGAACGAGCGCAGCGCGGCGUACUUCCGCGCGACGCGGGGCGCGUUCUUGGGCGCGGACAUCGACACGCUCGCGCCGGAGGGGAGCGCGGCGCGCGCGAAGCACUGGGCGGGCGUCCUCAAGGUGUUCGCGACCUUCGCGGGCUGGAUCGACGCGGGGGGAGUGAGGCGGACGUACUUCACGGGCGGGGAGGAGCUGUGCUACGCGGAAGUGACGAUCGCGGGGUUCACGAAGUUCAUGACGGGCUUCAGGCAGUAUGAGCAGCAGGACGUAGGCAGCGUGCUGGAGCUGUAG